GUUUGCAAUGCGAUGAACAAUCGUUUCAUUUCGUAAAAAAUAAUUGAAAUUAUUAGAUUUGGACAAUUUAGAAAUGUCUGCCAAGAAAAGAACUGUUCCUAUUCUAAAGGAGGAGGUUGAGUCUGAGGCUCCCGGGGGCUCUGUUCUCCGAUACACAGUUAUAGCAGACGAUGUACCAGCAAAGCGCAUGCGCACACAGGAAGAUGAAAUAGUAAAUGUUUCCACCUGGCAAACCUGCUCACUUUGUGGAUCUAAGGUAUCUGACCUCGCAACUCAUAUUGUAGAUGACCAUACUGAACUCCAAGAUCUUGACAGAGUUGAUGGAAGAGCCAAAGCUGUGACAGUAAAAUCCCCUAAUCCAGUCAGAUAUAAGGGCCCGUUUCGUCAAGUUAAACCAGUUCUGCGCUACCCUUGUGAUGCAUGCAAGACUGUCACAAAAACUUCGGACCAGUUGAAGAAGCAUAUGAUCCUUGUGCACAAUGGACACAAGAACACAUCCUGGAUGUUCUGCGGAGACUGUGAGUACGCGACCAGGGUGGAGGAUGAGUUGAUCAACCAUGUUAAGAUUCAUCAGAUUUUUAACAUCUUAAAGGAGGAUUUUAUAAAGGCAGAAAUCCCCGAAAUUCCAGGGGACAGUGAUUUCUCCGAGACCCCUAUUGAGUGCGGGGACUGCAGCUUCACAACCCACCACGAGAACGAGAUGUUUACUCAUGUCAAGGAGCACAUGGGGAAACAUGACAAGUACGGUCCCGUAAAUGAAGAGGAAAAGAAGAAGUUGGAAAAAAUGGAGAAAAAGGGUAAGACCAAGGCUGAGCUGCAAGAGCACAAGAUGUUCACAAUCCACAAUAAGAAGGGUGGAACCGUCACCAUCAAACAUAAUCCUCUCAAACCCAAGAAAGUUUUUUAA